AUAUCGAUCGAGCCACUGCAUCUAUGUUGAAUAACUUUGGCUCAAUUCUUUUUCUCCUGGACAGCCGUGAGCCGACGGUGUCCUGAAGGCGUCUUUUAAUAUUUUUACAAGAUGGGUUUCGUAAAGGUAGUGAAGAACAAGCAGUACUUCAAGCGUUAUCAGGUAAAGUUCAAGAGGCGUCGUGAAGGUAAAACCGAUUACUAUGCUCGUAAGCGUUUGACCAUCCAGGACAAGAACAAAUACAAUACACCAAAAUACAGGUUGAUUGUUCGUCUUUCAAACAAGGACAUCACUUGCCAGGUGGCUUAUUCCAGAAUUGAGGGAGACAAGAUUGUCUGCGCAGCUUACAGCCACGAGCUUCCCCAAUAUGGAGUUAAAGUAGGGCUUACAAAUUAUGCAUCAGCCUACUGCACAGGUCUCCUGCUAGCCAGAAGACUCCUGAAGAAAUUAGGAUUGGACUCGUUGUACAAAGGAAACACGGAAAUCAACGGCGACGAGUAUAAUGUGGAAGAAUUGGACGAAGGUCCAGGAGCAUUCAGGUGUUACCUAGACACUGGCCUCAUGAGGACCACCACUGGUGCGCGAGUCUUCGGCGCGAUGAAGGGCGCUGUCGAUGGAGGCCUAAACAUCCCCCAUAGUACUAAGAGAUUCCCCGGCUACGACAAUGAAGCCAAAUCUUUCAACGCCGAUGUCCAUCGGCAACACAUUUUCGCACAGCAUGUUGCGAAUUACAUGAGGACCUUGGAAGAGGAGGAUGAUGACGCGUUCAAGCGUCAAUUUUCCAAAUACAUCCACAAUGGCAUCACUGCCGAUAGUAUUGAGGGAAUUUAUAAGAAGGCGCAUGAAGGAAUUCGUGCAGAUCCAGAGCAUAAGAAGGUGAAGAAAGAUACCCCACCAGUUAAAAAGCGGUGGAACCGUGCGAAACUCAACCUUUCCGAGAGGAAGAACCGCGUCGCUCAAAAGAAGGCGUCCUUCAUUAAGAAACUCCAGGAAAGCGAAGACUAAGUGUUCCGAGGGCUUUUUCUGGUGUUUCUUUAUGAGCUCUCUUUUCCAUCUUUACAGCUUUUUACUUUCGGAUAAUUUUUAUUACGUUGUUUACAAUGUACUACACGUUCUUCAGGGUAAAUUGCUAUUUUGAGAGCAUAAUAAACAUCAUUGAACAUUA